CAAUAGUAAAUAUUACUAUACGAGAAAUGAAUAGUUAACAUAAACGCAUGAUAAUGAUUAUCACAUACAAAUAUAAUUUCGUAUUUUUUAAAUUAUGCUACAAGCCAAUGUACUAUUUGACGGUGUUAUAAAAAAAAACCCAGGCUAUCAGCAUUUAAUGAAGAACAAUAGAAUAAUAAUUAUAACUCAUUUCUAAAAGCUAUCAUGUCCACUGAUAUGAAACGUAAUUCGAAUCUAAUGACCAUUAAUCACAUAUACACGUAAACUACUUAUUAUACUGAUUAAAUGACCUCCAUUAUACUUUUAAUUAUACCAAAAAAAAGCAGUAUGUCUAUAGAACUUAUCGUCGAAACAAUUAAAAUAUUUAAAGUAUAUACGUGUAAAUAAAAAAUUUCAUAAAUUUUUACAAAAAAGAAUAUAGUUUAAGAUUGUUUCUCGAUCUUACAAGUAAACCAUGGCAAUAAAACAUUUAAUAACGACCAUAAUAAUUUUUAUCUCGAUUGAAAAGAUUCAAAGUUGCUUUUAUUUUAUACCUGGGUCACGUGUAAAUUACGACGUUGAUGAAAAUAACAUAGAUUACUUUCCUUGGACAGUGUUAUUAGGAAAACAUCUAGAAGAUAAGAAUUAUGAAAAAAAUAGAAAACAUGAAUUCUAUCAUGGGUCCCUUAUUCACCCACAAGCUGUUUUUAUUGGGACAACUACUCAAUUACAAUUAGAAAAUAGUGGUUAUUCAGUUAUUGGCGGCUGUAAAUCUUUUAAAUCCGACCUUAUGAAUUUUUCUAUUGAAUCAGAGGAAUGUCAAACCAGAAAAGUCGGUGAUGUAAUUGUAGGAAAAUAUCAUAAUAAUGAUAGCAAUGGGAUUUCAGACAGCGGCCGAAAAUUUGAAUAUGUAAAUAUUGUAAUUUUGAAUCAGCCAUUUGAUUUGAAUGAUAGAAUCAAACUAAUUAAAUUAGCAAGAAGCAAUGAUAUGGUAGAUAUGAAUAAUUGUUUUAUUUCUUCUUUAAAACAUUUACAAAGUUCAACGAACUAUGGAAGAGUAACACUCAUUGGAUCGUACAAGGUCGAUAAAUUAACGAAUGGAUCAAUGACUCUACAUAUUUCAGAAAAUAGAAGGCUUGUAGACAAUAAAAAUCGAGAAGAACAGCUCUUGUAUGUACUGCCAGGGAAGAUGUUACUUAAAAUUUUUGGAAGCCCAGUAGUAUGCCAAGAUCGAUUUGAUACUGAAAGAUAUCUGCAGAUAGGGUACUUAGGGGUACGAGUAAAUAAAAUGAAGGCUUCUGUGGCUCGACCACUCAUAACGUAUGUGAGAUUUUUGGACAUUAUUCCGGUUCAAAAGGAAAUACAGAAGAAGCUAAACAGUUAUUUUUAUCCAAAUGAUAAAUGAUACCUUAUCACGUUAGUAUCCUUAUAUAUGGAAGUUGAACUUAAACUUUUCGAACAUAUAUAUAUUGAUAAAUAAAUAUAAAUAAAUUUUAUUAUUAUAAUUGUUAAUUUUAACACAUUA